AUGGACAGCGGAGGAGCGAGUCGUGGAUCAGUUGCGGUGACGAGUCGUGAGCACGAGUUGCAGAAACUGUUGGCCGAAGAGAGGGUUCGCUCAGAGCAGAGGAAAUCCAAUUACACGACACUAAAAGAGGAACACUUGAAACUGCAGAAGGAUUUCCUCACUCUUCAGUCCGAUAUGAGACAGAUUUUGUCCGAAACCAAACUCAUUAAAGACAAGAAAGACCAAGAGUUGGAUCAGCUGUUGAAGGCGUGCGACGAAAGGGAUAAAAGCAUCGAUGAUCUGAAGGUUGAGAUUAGAGAUAGAGAUCCGGCACUCAUUCGCAACCAGUUUGAGGACGAGUUAAGGGAACCGUUGAAGAAGUUGCAGAAGAGUCACGAAACGAUGGCCAGAGAUAAGGAGCGCAUCGGUUAUGAGCUGAAGAUCGCUAAACAGAAGAUUGAUUUCCUCGAAAAGGAGAAUAAGGAGCGCAUCGGUUAUGAGCUGAAGAUCGCUAAACAGAAGAUUGAUUUCCUCGAAAAGGAGAGUUUGGACGCAAUCGAGAGAAUGAAACUCUCGUUUGAAUCGGAAAUUAAUUUAAUUAAACGCGAAAAAGAAGAGCUGAGAAACAAAUUGUUGGAAACAAACCAAUUGCCAGAUGUUAUGAAGUUUACGGAUUUGACUCAUGAGAACCAGAGAUUGACGGCUAGAGUGAAGUCCUAUCAGUCGACACUCGAAGACGCGGAACAACAGUAUAAGAGGAUUGAGUCGAAAGUGGAAUCACUGGUCGCCGAACACGAGAACAGCCAAAGAGAGGCCGAGAGGCAGAUCUCUGCACUCAAUGUACAGCUCAAGGGUUUUAGCGAUAAAAAUAUGGACUUAAGACAAACGAUUGCCGGCAAUGAAAGAGAAAAACUGGAUUUAAUGGCAGAUAUGGAGAGAUUGAAGAAUGAAAUGAAUCGAUUAAAUAAGUCCAUAGAAGAUAAUGAUAAACAUUUUGAUGUAGAAAAGGAUAAGAUUAAGAAUUCUUAUAAUAAAAGUAUUAAAGAUAUUGACGAACAAAAGGAUGUGAUGUCCAGUCAAUUGAGGAUUAUGAAACUGGAAAUUGAGACUAAAAACGAUACAAUCAAGCGAUUAGAACUGGAAAACAGCGCCAAAGAUAAAGAAUUUCAAUUAAAAAUAUCUGAAAUAAGACAACAAGAGUUUGACAAACGAUCGGCUGUUGAACACGAAAAGACUUCAAUUCAAUCCAAACUCAAGGAUUUAAAAGAAGAAAAGUCUAAACUAAAGGAAGAGAUCCAACAAAUGAGACGUCAAAUCGAGAAUAUGUCUGAAUUGAGAUUAAGUGUCGAAAGAGAUUCAAUGAUUUUAAGGGCAAAAGUUGAGUCAAAUCAGAUUAGUAUUGAAGAGUUGGACAAACUUCGCAAACAACACAACCAUUUGCACGACUCUCUCAAUAAACUGAAGAGUGAGAACACAGAGUACGCGGCGCUCAACAAAGAGCUCGUCCGACAGCGAGAGCACUACAAGAAUGACUUUCAGAGGAUUAAAGACACGUUAGAUGAAGAGCGCAAACAAUUGGAUGAGUUUAAGGUAUUGAGCGAUAAGAAUGUCCUAAAGUUGAGGAAUUGUAUCGACGAAGAGAGGACUGACUUCAGGGACAAGUUAUUGAGUCUCGAAAGGGAUGUCAUUAAAUGCAAGAAAGAAAGGGACGAAUUGAGGACUAAAUAUAAUAAAUAUGUGACGAUUGCCGAGAAAUUGCAGACAAAACUCAUGGAAAGCAAAGACAAGCAAAAGCCCGAACCGAGUCAUUACAAGUCUAGUCAUGGGAUGGCGCCCACCGUUUCGGCCGACGCUCACAAUCAGCUCAAGAAAGAGCUUAAAAUCAUGAAACGAAGACAAAACGAAAUCGCGUCCCAACUGUUGAACUGCUCUUUUGAUUCG